AUGACCUUAACAAAUGAUACAACCCUCUCCAUAAUGUUUUUACUGAAACUUAAACCUUUUCAAGAGUUUUUACUGUUUUAGGGACCUUUUAAUGGUGCGUUUUGCCAUCGUGAUAGCGCAAAGUAAAGUACACCUAAGCUCAAUUUGCGCUAUGUAAUUAUAUUAUUUAUGCUUCAAUUUCUCCAGUAGAAAUGCGAAAGAAAAAACUUGGCCGUAUAAGCCAGUUGGCGCUAUGUAACUUAUAUUAUUUUAAUUCGUAUUUCUGCAAAUUAGCUCGUUUAAAGCCCUGCUAAGCUAAAAUUUGGGGUGAAUGUGCCAGUGAUGGCCAAAAAACAAUGACACAAUUUACUAAACUAUGUAAAAGGAUUUUUAAAAAAGACAUUCAGUAGCAGUAAACCAUAUAGUUUCCUCUAUUGAUAUCUUGCUUGCAUUUUUAAAUCUUCCUUAAUUAAUACAAACACUGUUUAAAAAUUAAAGCAAACUGCAAAUCUCUUAUGAACACUAGCUUGAAAAAAAUAGCCGACAUUUCGCUAUUUUUCUUUGGCUCUCUCGAUCGGUUGAGCCGGAAACAUAGACAACAAGGAAAGACUUAGCCUAGGGGCGAAUCCGAAGACUUGCAAUUCCGAGAAGCCCGUCUUUGAUAGAGUUGGCCAGUUCACCUAAUUACGCCUGUGUUACCAUCUGCCAUCCUCAGGUAUCCGCGGACCGGAUACCUAAGGAUGGCGGAUGCGGAUGGGAAAAUGCGGAUGGAAAAAUGCGGAAAGUGCAAAAUAUUUCGCAGUUUCGCAGAUUGGCUAAAAACACGCACAUUAUUCACCAUAACCAGCCGACUGUUGACCAAAUUUAGAAGAAUUUUGCGAUUAAUCAACCGAUGACGUCAAAAGUGCAGCACUGUUGCAGGUUAAUGCACCGUUAACCGAGAAGACCUGGAGACAAGGUUGAGUUGUUUUGGUUGUGAAAUUAAAAAAGUGGCCGAACAGUCGGCGGAACAUUUUACUUGUUUCACGACGAACUAUUGUCUAAAAAAAAUAGCAAGAAGACAACUCGACAGACGACAUCUGCGAUUUGGAGGCGCUAUCGAGGUGAACUUAACAUUGACGAAGGUAAGCAUGUUUUAUCUUGUUUUUCAACUAGGAAUUAUUUUAAAUGAAUAAUAAAGUAAUUAAUGAAUUCAGCUUUCGUAGGAUAUAAAGAAUUAUGCAGAUCUCGGAGGGUGUUAUCCACACACACCCCUUGACCUGCAUAAUUCCUCAUAUCCCACUCAGCCUCCUUCAUUUAAAUGCUAAUUGUUCAGAGCUCUCAUGCGAGAAGCUCUUUAAAGCUAGCUUCAAGCUAUUUUUCUUGACCGAAGCUGGCAAUUAUUUUACUUGGUACUCAUUAUCUAUCUUCUCAUUGGCUAAGAGCCUACAGUUAAAUUUGGAAAUAAGCGCAACCUAAAUAAAUGAAAAAUUAAUCCUAUGGCAUCAGUGUGCAAAAAAGGAAAAACGCUCAUUGCAAUACUUUCAUGCGGUGGUGCUCGCGCUCUAACUAAAGCAUUAUGCCAAAGAUGAAGCCGACAUAUUGAGUCUAACCCUAAGUUUAAGGUAAGUACAGUCGAACCUCUCUACUACGGCCACCUUGGGGACAGAACUCAAGGUGGCCGUAAUGGGGAAAUAGGAUUGUAAUAUGACAACUUUUUUAUUUUGCUAACUCACGCUUACUGUUUCCAAUAAUGGUAAUAAUCCAAAAAAAAAUUGAAUUAUAUUUUAAAUCAAAAUGUUAACGUGACAAAACGAGAAAGCUUCGCAACAUUCGCUAUAAGUACGGUAGACAAUUUAUGUUUACUGCAGCAGUAUAAAUGACACAAAAUCAAAAUACGAUUGCCGCGAUUAAUCAUCAACGCACCAUACGAAUAAAAUUCCAUGUUGACCAUUCUUGACUUUUUCAUUAGUCGCUGAAAAAAACUGGCCGUUGUCGAGAGGCUUUUUGGUAGUUAAAGACACGCUUUAGUGGCCGUUGCCGUUGCCGUUGCCGUUGUGGGAGAUGGUCGUUGUAGAGAGGUGUUUGUUGUGGAAGUGGCCUUUAGUGGAGGUUCGACUGUACGUCAUAUGACUUUUUCUGAUUUAUAAAGUAGGUUCAAGCGUUGAACUUGACAUCAGUGUGCUGAUCGCGGCUUAUUGCCUAGACCCAAACCAUCAUGUUCCACUGUUGAUCUAAAUGACGGCGAUCGAACGCGUAGAUUUUUGAUAAAAACAAAGACAAAAAAUGCUGCAGCUUGGCCGUGACUCUGGAUGUUUGUGCUUGGAACAAAGACAACAAGGAAACAAAGUAGCAGCGAAGACUUGGGGCGCUUUCCAUUCACUAACCAAAACUUUCCAAAAUUUGGAAACAGCGGCAAAUGGUGUAGAAAUUUCCGGAAAAGUUUCCAGAAAUUUCGAAAGCUGUUUAAGUUCCGAAAUGCGAACCAUGAUUCAACUUCGAAAACUCUAGAAAUUCAGGGAGCAAAGUUGAAUGGAAAAAAAAAACUUCCAGGAAAAACUAACACUCAAAAAAUUUAAGUAUACCUUGUGAGGUUGUUCUAUUUUUGGGAUAUUAUCGAAAAUGCUAUUCCAUUCGCCAUAUUGGCUACUGGAAAUUGCUGAAAAUUUUAACCAGACGUUUAGGUUGAAUGGAAAGCGCUCUUGCACUUCCGACAAAACUGUCUUUGACAGCGGGAUUGGUCAGUUUACCAUAUGACGCCUAUGUCACGCCAUCCAAUUGGAGCAACGGUUAGAAAAUGUGGACGACCGACCAAUCACAUGCAUGAGUAUACUGGGAUGUUUUCUCGAAAGGAUUUCUGUAUUCGUAUUAAAGACAUCUGUCGCGUAUUAUCUGUUUGCAAAUAUUUGGUUUUCUUUACGUUAAGGUAAGUACAUCAAAUGGCCAUUUCUAAUAACAAAAGUAGGUUCAAACAUCCAACUCUAAAUGUGCAACCCUUAAUGCCUUUGAAAGUCGACCCAAACUAGUAAAAUCGUAGGCUUGUUUAAAUUGUUGUCGCAGGUUUUUUUAUGGCGCUUGGAGCAACUGUUUGGGGUUCUAGCAAGCUUGAGAGCAAGUUUUGCCUUUUAGAGCAGAUUUUGGGUAAAAUAGAGGUUUAGGGCACAUAUCAAGCACGAAAAGCUCAUCGAUUUCCUUGAAAACUUCAAUUUAAGCGAAUUCUUGAAUAUUCAUGAACGCCUUUUGAAUACACAAGCUCUUACUUUAGAAGCUUUCGCAGGCCUGAAAGGGAAUUUACACCCACCUAAGGGACCUGAAACGCAGUCAGCACAUAAAUAAACACAAGAAAAACGAACAAAGAAAGCUUAAAAGCGAAUUUCAAUGCCCAGUUUUGCAGAUUUGGGGAGUAAAGAAUACAAUACAACGUCAUAAAUGUCUUGAGGUAGGAAUAAUCAAUCGGCUUAGUAGUCGGGCUCUCGGCAUCUUAAGAAGACUGAAAUGCAGUCAGCACACAAACAAAGACAGAAAAUGAUAUUGAUAAGCUUUAAGUGGGAAAUAAAAUGCACAUUUUGCUUAAUGAUAGAAUAAUUCGCAUACAACUUGUUAUUAUUACUGCCAUGUGAAUAAUUGACUAGGAGUAAGUAGGAUAAUGUUAGUUGUUCAGAGCUCCCGUGCAAGAGGCUCUUUAAGGCUAAGUUCAAGCUAUUUUUCUUGACCAAUGUUGGCAGUUACUUAAAUAAUCAGAUUUAGAGAUAAAAUACGCAGAAAACUUGAAUUAUAUUUUGAAUCAAAAUGUUAACGUGACAAAACGAGAAAGCUUCGCAACACCUCGAAAGUCGAUCCAAACUAGUAAAAUCGUAGGCUUGUUUAGAUUGUUGUCGGCAAGUUUUAAGCAACUUAACAGGGGCACCCAACGAGAAUGUAGUUCAAAACCACUUAAAAAUAGCAUUGUUAAACGUGUUUUAGUAUUUAAACGGUGGAUAUGGGCAUAUUUUUAUCCCCUAUAAACUUUUCAUCUGUUCGGAUUUCCUAGCUGAAAGUCUAGUGAUCCGAAAAUUAUAGGGAUCAAAACUUACCUGUUCGAAAAUUUCAGCCUGAAAAAAGGCUCACGAAAAUUCUAGGUGACCUUUUUAGGGUAAAAAUCCGUUGAAAAUGGGCAAUUUUACUAUUUUUUAGAUGUUCGAAAAUCCUAGGAGGAGCAGGCAAGCAAGAAAUUUUACAACAAAUGUUCCGAAAAUUCUAGAUCUCAAAUCGUCUUCCGAACAGAUAUUUUUCCGAAAAUUGUCGUUGGGUGCCCCUGACUUAACUUAUGGCGCUUGGAGCAACUUUUUGGGGUUGUAGCAAAGUUGAGAGCAAGUUUUGCCUUUUUGAGCAGAUUUUGAGUAAAAUAAAGGUUUAGGGCACAUAUCAAGCACGAAAAGCUCAUCGAUUUCCUUGAAAACUUCAAUUUAAGUGAAUUCUUGAAUAUUCAUGAACGCCUUUUGAAUACACAAGCUCUCACUUUAGAAGCUUUCGCAGGCCUGAAAGGGAAUUUACACCCGCCUAAGGGACCUGAAACGCAGUCAGCACAUAAAUAAACACAAGAAAAACGAAAAAAGAAAACUUAAAAGCGAAUUUCAAUGCACAGUUUUGCAGAUUUAUGGAGUAAAGAAUACAAUACAACGUCAUAAAUGUCGUGAGGUAUGAAUAAUCAAUCAGCUUAGUAGUUGGGCUCGCGGCAUCCUAAGAAGCCUGAAAUGCAGUCAGCACACAAACAAACACAAGAAAAUGAUAUUGGUAAGAUUUAAGUGGGAAAUGAAAUGCACGUUUUGCUUAAUGAUAGAAUAAUUCGCAUACAACUUGUUAUAAUUACUGCCAUGUGAAUAAUUGACUAGGAGUAAGUAGGAUAAUGUUAGUUGUUCAGAGCUCCCCUGCAAGAGGCUCUUUAAGGCUAAGUUCAAGCUAUUUUUUUUGACCAAUGUUAGCAAUUACUUAGAUAAUCAGAUAUAGAGAUAAAAUACGCAGAAAACUUGAAUUAUAUUUUGAAUCAAAAUGUUAACGUGACAAAACGAGAAAGCUUCGCAACACCUCGAAAGUCGAUCCAAACUAGUAAAAUCGUAGGCUUGUUUAGAUUCUUGUCGGCAAGUUUUAAGCAACUUAACUUAUGGCGCUUGGAGCAACUUUUUGGGGUUCUAGCAAAGUUGAGAGCAAGUUUUGCCUUUUUGAGCAGAUUUUGAGUAAAAUAAAGGUUUAGGGCACAUAUCAAGCACGAAAAGCUCAUCGAUUUCCUUGAAAACUUCAAUUUAAGCGAAUUCUUGAAUAUUCAUGAACGCCUUUUGAAUACACAAGCUCUCACUUUAAAAGCGUUCGCAGGCCUGAAAGGGAAUUUACACCCGCCUAAGAGACCUGAAACGCAGUCAGCACAUAAAUAAACACAAGAAAAACGAAAAAAGAAAGCUUAAAAGCGAAUUUCAAUGCCCAGUUUUGCAGAUUUAUGGAGUAAAUGUCUUGAGGUAUGAAUAAUCAAUCGGCUUAGUAGUUGGGCUCUCGGCAUCCUAAGAAGCCUGAAAUGCAGUUAGCAAACAAACAAACACAAGAAAAUGAUCUUGGUAAGCUUUAAGUAGAGAGUGAAGUGCACAUUUUGCUUAAUUAUAGAAUAAUUCGCAUACAACUUGUUAUAAUUACUGCCAUGUGAAUAAUUGACUAGGAGUAAACUGGAUAAUGUUAGUUGUUUAGAACUCCUGUGCGAGAAGCUUGUUAAGGCUAAUUUCAAGCUAUUUUUCUUGACCGAUGUUAGCAAUUAGUAAUGGUAACAGGACUGAGUGAAUCAGUGAAAGGUUCCGGCAAUUCUGCUUUUUUACAAAAAGAUCAACUCUGCUAAUUGAAAAGAGCAGAAAAAUUAACUUUCUUCAUUUAUUUUUCAUAGCACAACAUGCAAAAUUGUUACCUUUUUUGUUAAUGCUAGUCGAUCAGGUGAAAAGUUAAAAAAAUGUACCUUAUUAAAAAGGCGGGUAUUUUAAGCUUUCGGGUGAAAAUAUUAUGACGUCAAUAUUGUCCACUUUUCAUCCAUUUCUCACUUUACCAAACAAAACUUUAAAGCGCGAAAAAGGUACCUUUUUUUCAGUUUGAAGAGAUCUCUUCAAAAGCGCGAAAAAGGUACCUUUUCUGCGGUUAGAAACGUUCCUAUCAAAAGAGCAGAAAAAGUGCCUUUUUGCUGUUGGAAGCGAUGUUCUCAUAAGUGCGAAAAAGGAAACUUUAAAAAUAAAUGGUCUUUUCAAACUAUAUUUGAAAGCCGUUUCAAAUCCUACUGAUUGACAGAUGUCAACCGUUUGGCGCCAUUUGUUUUGCUUGAAUUGACUGACCCACUAGUCAAGAGACAAAUAUGGCGGAAUAUAUAGAAAGCAAUGUCACUUAAAUAAGGAAUCUCAUUGAAGACAAAUAUGUCAGUGAAAUUCUCAGACAAGACUUUCCAGAAGUAACAAGAGGCUUUUCAGAAAGCAACGUGCGAUUGUUUUGUGCUAAAUAUGGGAUAAGACGACUGAACGAAUACGAAGUGGAAUCACGCUGGGAAAAAAAGUGAUAAAAAUCGGCCAAAAGAUUGAGUGGGGGCGUGAUAGGCACAAAUAAAAGCUUCUCAGUUACUCUAGUGUAAGUAAGGGGAUCUCAAAGGGAUUGUGACAUUUACGGUUAAUGGCUUUACUAAAUGCUUCAGCUUGCGGCUCAAAAGUCACCCGAGGUCAAAUUCGAAAUCUAGUUUGCAUUAUUGCAAAACAGUUUAUUAAACCUCUGGACUGAAGUCUCUAACAACCCGUUCCGGAGUGAAAAAAGGCACCCACGAAACAAAACAGUUAUUAUGAUAACCCGCUCAGUUUAGACUUAAAAGAAAAAAACACUUCUCUGCUGUUUGUCAUAGAUCGACGUAGAAUUUGAUAUAUCUUUUUUCGCAGAUUAAAAUGGUUCGACUUUUCAUGAUAUAGGACUUUUUUUAAGUCUUCGCUCUACGCUUAAAAAUGGGCUUGCUUAGGUCCUCUACAUGCAUCCUGUUUGAAAGAACCAGUAGCUAUUUCAUCCAUUUGGAUGGUAGCCAGUAUUUUCGGAUCUCUUCAGUCUAGUUUCUCAACUUUGAUCGGCGAAAAGGAGCCAGCUAUUUUUUUUUAGUCCGAUAAUUCGCCAUAGUAGACCCUCGUCUACGUACGUAGGUCCGGCGGAAAAAAUGCCAAUAAUGCACGACGCGAUAGUUAUAAUAUUGCGCGUCUGAGCCAUUUCUGUUAAAUAGCCGGGGCCACUGAGGAAUAGCCUCCCAUACAGGUGUUCCUAGGGGAGUCUAGGAUGGGUUUUGCUCGUUUUAAUUAGAUUCAGGACUGCGAAAUUCGCUUGUAGAAACGGGACAUAGAUUCCCCUAAAAACGUCUGUGUAUUGUUCGUUGGGGGCGCCAACGGUUGACACCUUUCAAUCAGUAGGAUUUUAAUUGAAAUGUCAUUUAUUUUUAAAGGUACCUUUUUCGCGCUUUUGAAGAGAUUGCUUGUAACCGCAAAAUUGAUGGGAACGUUUCUAACCGCAGAAAAGGUACCUUUUUCGCGCUUUUGAAGAGAUCUCUUCAAACUGAAAGAAAGGUACCUUUUUCGCGCUUUAAAGUUUUCUUUGGUAAAGUGAGAAAUGCAUGGAAAGCGGACAAUAUCGACGUUAAAAGAUUUUCACCCGAAAGCUUAAAAUACCCGCCUUUUUUUUCUAAAAAGGUACCUUUUUUUAACUUUUCACCUGAUCGACUAGCAUUCACAAAAAAGGUAACAAUGUUGCAUUUUGUUCUAUGAAAAAUAAACGGAGAAAGUUAAUUUUUCUGCUCCUUUCAAGUAGCAGAGUUGAUCUUUUUGUAAAAAAGCAGAAUUGUCGGAACCUUUCACUGAUUUGAGUGGAGUCCAAUUCAUAAUGGUAAUUGAACUGAGUGGAGUGCAAUUUGGUCUAAAAUCAUACGCGUGAUUUCAAAAUCGAACGAGCGCGCAGCGCGAGUUCGAUUUGAAAUCACAAGCAUGAUUUCAGACCAAAAUUGCACGACACGAAGUUCAAUUACCACUUUAUUACAUCCAUUUUGAAAUCGCAGAAUUUAGUCAGUACUAACAUUUUAUUGAUCGAGUAGCCUGUGUGUUAAAAAGCCGAAACAAAAAGCUUUUAUAUCUCAUUUUGUAUUCGAAACAGAAAUGAUGCAAUAUAGAACAAAAAUGGUGCGAUUUAAAACGGAAAUGAUGCGAUUUAGAACAUGACUGACGCGAUUUGGAAGACAUGCGAUUUAGAGCAAAAAAUGGUGCGAUUUAGGAAUAAAUCACACUGCUGAGAGCCAAUCAAAUUGCACGGAUAGCCAGUGAUUUCAAGGUGGAUGUAAUAAAGACUGAAAUCAGGGCAGUUGAUAGCCAAUCAGAUUUGACAAUUUUGUUAUAGCUAUUGUUACUUAAAUAAUCAGAUACAGAGUUAAAAUGCAGAACAAUCGAAUUAUAUUUUGAAUCCAAAUGUUAACGUGACAAAACGAGAAAGCUUCGCAACAUUCGCUAUAAGUACGGUAGACAAUUUAUGCUUAGUGCAGCAGUAUAAAUGAAACAAAAUCAAAAUACGAUUGCCGCGAUUAAUCAUCAACGCGCCAUGCGAAUAAAAUUCCAUGUUGACCAUUCUUGACUUUUUCAUUAGUCGCUGAAAAAAACUGGCCGUUGUCGAGAGGCUUUUUGGUAGUUAAAGACACGCUUUAGUGGCCGUUGCCGUUGCCGUUGCCGUUGGCGUUGUGGAGAGAUGGUCAUUGUAGAGAGGUGUUUGUUGUGGAAGUGGCCUUUAGUGGAGGUUCGACUGUACGUCAUAUGACUUUUUCUGAUUUAUAAAGUAGGUUCAAGCGUUGAACUUGACAUCAGUGUGCUGAUCGCGGCUUAUUGCCUAGACCCAAACCAUUAUGUUCCACUGUUGAUCUAAAUGACGGCGAUCGAACCCGUAGAUUUUUGAUAAAAACAAAGACAAAAAAUGCUGCAGCUUGGCCGUGACUCUGGAUGUUUGUGCUUGGAACAAAGACAACAAGGAAACAAAGUAGCAGCGAAGACUUGGGGCGCUUUCCAUUCACUAACCAAAACUUUCCAAACUUUGGAAACAGCGGCAAAUGGUGUAGAAAUUUCCGGAAAAGUUUCCAGAAAUUUCGAAAGCUGUUUAAGUUCCGAAAUGCGAGCCAUGAUUCAACUUCGAAAAUUCUAGAAAUAUCCGGGAGCAAAGUUCAAUGGCAAAAAAAUUUCCAGGAAAAACUAACUCUCAAAAAAUUUAAGUAUACCUUGUGAGGUUGUUCUAUUUUUGGGAUAUUAUCGAAAAUGCUAUUUCAUUCGCCAUGUUGGCUACUGGAAAUUGCUGAAAAUUUUAACCAGACGUUUAGGUUGAAUGGAAAGCGCUCUUGCACUUCCGACAAAACUGUCUUUGACAGCGGGAUUGGUCAGUUUACCAUAUGACGCCUAUGUCACGCCAUCCAAUUAGAGCAACGGUUCGAAAAUGCGAACGACCGACCAAUCACAUGCAUGAGUAUACUGGGGUGUUUUCUCCGAAGGAUUUCUGUAUUCGUAUUAAAGACAUCUGUCGCGUAUUAUCUGUUUGCAAAUAUUUGGUUUUCUUUACGUCAAGGUAAGUACAUCAAAUGGCCAUUUCUAAUAACAAAAGUAGGUUCAACAUCCAACUCUAAAUGUGCAACCCUUAAUGCCUUUGAAAGUCGACCCAAACUAGUAAAAUCGUAGGCUUGUUUAAAUUGUUGUCGGCAAGUUUUAAGGAAGUUAUAAUAACUUAUGGCGCUUGGAGCAACUAUUUGGGGUUGUAGCAAAGUUGAGAGCAAGUUUUGCCUUUUUGAGCAGAUUUUGAGUAAAAUAAAGGUUUAGGGCACAUAUCAAGCACGAAAAGCUCAUCGAUUUCCUUGAAAACUUCAAUUUAAGCGAAUUCUUGAAUAUUCAUGAACGCCUUUUGAAUACACAAGCUCUCACUUUAAAAGCUUUCGCAGGCCUGAAAGGGAAUUUACACCCGCCUAAGGGACCUGAAACGCAGUCAGCACAUAAAUAAACACAAGAAAAACGAAAAAAGAAAACUUAAAAGCGAAUUUCAAUGCACAGUUUUGCAGAUUUAUAGAGUAAAGAAUACAAUACAACGUCAUAAAUGUCGUGAGGUAUGAAUAAUCAAUCAGCUUAGUAGUUGGGCUCUCGGCAUCCUAAGAAGCCUGAAAUGCAUGCAGUCAGCACACAAACAAACACAAGAAAAUGAUAUUGGUAAGCUUUAAGUGGGAAAUGAAAUGCACGUUUUGCUUAAUGAUAGAAUAAUUCGCAUUCAACUUGUUAUAAUUACUGCCAUGUGAAUAAUUGACUAGGAGUAAGUAGGAUAAUGUUAGUUGUUCAGAGCUCCCGUGCAAGAGGCUCUUUAAGGCUAAGUUCAAGCUAUUUUUUUUGACCAAUGUUAGCAAUUACUUAGAUAAUCAGAUAUAGAGAUAAAAUACGCAGAAAACUUGAAUUAUAUUUUGAAUCAAAAUGUUAACGUGACAAAACGAGAAAGCUUCGCAACACCUCGAAAGUCGAUCCAAACUAGUAAAAUCGUAGGCUUGUUUAGAUUCUUGUCGGCAAGUUUUAAGCAACUUAACUUAUGGCGCUUGGAGCAACUUUUUGGGGUUCUAGCAAAGUUGAGAGCAAGUUUUGCCUUUUUGAGCAGAUUUUGAGUAAAAGGUUUAGGGCACAUAUCAAGCACGAAAAGCUCAUCGAUUUCCUUGAAAACUUCAAUUUAAGCGAAUUCUUGAAUAUUCAUGAACGCCUUUUGAAUACACAAGCUCUCACUUUAAAAGCGUUCGCAGGCCUGAAAGGGAAUUUACACCCGCCUAAGAGACCUGAAACGCAGUCAGCACAUAAAUAAACACAAGAAAAACGAAAAAAGAAAGCUUAAAAGCGAAUUUCAAUGCCAAGUUUUGCAGAUUUAUGGAGUAAAUGUCUUGAGGUAUGAAUAAUCAAUCAGCUUAGUAGUUGGGCUCUCGGCAUCCUAAGAAGCCUGAAAUGCAGUCAGCGAACAAACAACACAAGAAAAUGAUCUUGGUAAGCUUUAAGUAGAAAGUGAAGUGCACGUUUUGCUUAAUUAUAGAAUAAUUCGCAUACAACUUGUUACAAUUACUGCCAUGUGAAUAAUUGACUAGUAGUAAGCAGGAUAAUGUUAGUUGUUUAGAACUCCUGUGCGAGAAGCUUUUUAAGGCUAAUUUCAAGCUAUUUUUCUUGACCGAUGUUAGCAAUUACUUAAAUAAUCAGAUAUAGAGUUAAAAUACGCAGAAAACUCGAAUUAUAUUUUGAAUCCAAAUGUUAACGUGACAAAACGAGAAAGCUUCGCAACAUUCGCUAUAAGUACGGUAGACAAUUUAUGCUUAGUGCAGCAGUAUAAAUGAAACAAAAUCAAAAUACGAUUGCCGCGAUUAAUCAUCAACGCGCCAUACGGAUCAAAUUCCAUGUUGACCAUUCUUGACUUUUUCAUUAGUCGCUGAAAAAAACUGGCCGUUGUCGAGAGGCUUUUUGGUAGUUAAAGACACGCUUUAGUGGCCGUUGCCGUUGCCGUUGGCGUUGUGGAGAGAUGGUCGUUGUAGAGAGGUGUUUGUUGUGGAAGUGGCCUUUAGUGGAGGUUCGACUGUACGUCAUAUGACUUUUUCUGAUUUAUAAAGUAGGUUCAAGCGUUGAACUUGACAUCAGUGUGCUGAUCGCGGCUUAUUGCCUAGACCCAAACCAUUAUGUUCCACUGUUCAUCUAAAUGGCGGCGAUCGAACGAGUAGAUUUUUGAUAAAAGCAAAGAUAAAAAUGCUGCGGCUUGGCCGUGACUCUGGAUGUUUGUGCUUGGAACAAAGACAACAAGGAAACAAAGUAGCAGCGAAGACUUGGGGCGCUUUCCAUUCACUAACCAAAACUUUCCAAACUUUGGAAACAGCGGCAAAUGGUGUAGAAAUUUCCGGAAAAGUUUCCAGAAAUUUCGAAAGCUGUUUAAGUUCCGAAAUGCGAGCCAUGAUUCAACUUCGAAAAUUCUAGAAAUAUCCGGGAGCAAAGUUCAAUGGCAAAAAAAUUUCCAGGAAAAACUAACUCUCAAAAAAUUUAAGUAUACCUUGUGAGGUUGUUCUAUUUUUGGGAUAUUAUCGAAAAUGCUAUUUCAUUCGCCAUGUUGGCUACUGGAAAUUGCUGAAAAUUUUAACCAGACGUUUAGGUUGAAUGGAAAGCGCUCUUGCACUUCCGACAAAACUGUCUUUGACAGCGGGAUUGGUCAGUUUACCAUAUGACGCCUAUGUCACGCCAUCCAACUGGAGCAACGGUUCGAAAAUGCGGACGACCGACCAAUCACAUGCAUGAGUAUACUGGGGUGUUUUCUCCGAAGGAUUUCUGUAUUCGUAUUAAAGACAUCUGUCGCGUAUUAUCUGUUUGCAAAUAUUUGGUUUUCUUUACGUCAAGGUAAGUACAUCAAAUGGCCAUUUCUAAUAACAAAAGUAGGUUCAACAUCCAACUCUAAAUGUGCAACCCUUAAUGCCUUUGAAAGUCGACCCAAACUAGUAAAAUCGUAGGCUUGUUUAAAUUGUUGUCGGCAAGUUUUAAGGAAGUUAUAAUAACUUAUGGCGCUUGGAGCAACUAUUUGGGGUUGUAGCAAAGUUGAGAGCAAGUUUUGCCUUUUUGAGCAGAUUUUGAGUAAAAUAAAGGUUUAGGGCACAUAUCAAGCACGAAAAGCUCAUCGAUUUCCUUGAAAACUUCAAUUUAAGCGAAUUCUUGAAUAUUCAUGAACGCCUUUUGAAUACACAAGCUCUCACUUUAAAAGCUUUCGCAGGCCUGAAAGGGAAUUUACACCCGCCUAAGGGACCUGAAACGCAGUCAGCACAUAAAUAAACACAAGAAAAACGAAAAAAGAAAACUUAAAAGCGAAUUUCAAUGCACAGUUUUGCAGAUUUAUAGAGUAAAGAAUACAAUACAACGUCAUAAAUGUCGUGAGGUAUGAAUAAUCAAUCAGCUUAGUAGUUGGGCUCUCGGCAUCCUAAGAAGCCUGAAAUGCAUGCAGUCAGCACACAAACAAACACAAGAAAAUGAUAUUGGUAAGCUUUAAGUGGGAAAUGAAAUGCACGUUUUGCUUAAUGAUAGAAUAAUUCGCAUUCAACUUGUUAUAAUUACUGCCAUGUGAAUAAUUGACUAGGAGUAAGUAGGAUAAUGUUAGUUGUUCAGAGCUCCCGUGCAAGAGGCUCUUUAAGGCUAAGUUCAAGCUAUUUUUUUUGACCAAUGUUAGCAAUUACUUAGAUAAUCAGAUAUAGAGAUAAAAUACGCAGAAAACUUGAAUUAUAUUUUGAAUCAAAAUGUUAACGUGACAAAACGAGAAAGCUUCGCAACACCUCGAAAGUCGAUCCAAACUAGUAAAAUCGUAGGCUUGUUUAGAUUCUUGUCGGCAAGUUUUAAGCAACUUAACUUAUGGCGCUUGGAGCAACUUUUUGGGGUUCUAGCAAAGUUGAGAGCAAGUUUUGCCUUUUUGAGCAGAUUUUGAGUAAAAGGUUUAGGGCACAUAUCAAGCACGAAAAGCUCAUCGAUUUCCUUGAAAACUUCAAUUUAAGCGAAUUCUUGAAUAUUCAUGAACGCCUUUUGAAUACACAAGCUCUCACUUUAAAAGCGUUCGCAGGCCUGAAAGGGAAUUUACACCCGCCUAAGAGACCUGAAACGCAGUCAGCACAUAAAUAAACACAAGAAAAACGAAAAAAGAAAGCUUAAAAGCGAAUUUCAAUGCCAAGUUUUGCAGAUUUAUGGAGUAAAUGUCUUGAGGUAUGAAUGAUCAAUCAGCUUAGUAGUUGGGCUCUCGGCAUCCUAAGAAGCCUGAAAUGCAGUCAGCGAACAAACAACACAAGAAAAUGAUCUUGGUAAGCUUUAAGUAGAAAGUGAAGUGCACGUUUUGCUUAAUUAUAGAAUAAUUCGCAUACAACUUGUUACAAUUACUGCCAUGUGAAUAAUUGACUAGUAGUAAGCAGGAUAAUGUUAGUUGUUUAGAACUCCUGUGCGAGAAGCUUUUUAAGGCUAAUUUCAAGCUAUUUUUCUUGACCGAUGUUAGCAAUUACUUAAAUAAUCAGAUAUAGAGUUAAAAUACGCAGAAAACUCGAAUUAUAUUUUGAAUCCAAAUGUUAACGUGACAAAACGAGAAAGCUUCGCAACAUUCGCUAUAAGUACGGUAGACAAUUUAUGCUUUCUGCAGCAGUAUAAAUGAAACAAAAUCAAAAUACGAUUGCCGCAAUUAAUGAUCAACGCGCCACACAGAACAAAUUCCAUGACCAUUCUUGACUUUUUCAUCAGUCACUGGAAAAACUGGCCUUUGUCGAGAGGCUUUUUGGUAGUUAAAGACACGCUUUAGUGGGUUGCCGCCGCCGUUGGCGUUGUGGAGAGAUGGUCGUUGUAGAGAGGUGUUUGUUGUGGAAGUGGCCUUUAGUGGAGGUUCGACUGUACGUCAUAUGACUUUUUCUGAUUUAUAAAGUAGGUUCAAGCGUUGAACUUGACAUCAGUGUGCUGAUCGCGGCUUAUUGCCUAGACCCAAACCAUUAUGUUCCACUGUUCAUCUAAAUGGCGGCGAUCGAACGAGUAGAUUUUUGAUAAAAGCAAAGAUAAAAAUGCUGCGGCUUGGCCGUGACUCUGGAUGUUUGUGCUUGGAACAAAGACAACAAGGAAACAGAGUAGCAGCGAAGACUUGGGGCGCUUUCCAUUCACUAACCAAAACUUUCCAAAAUUUGGAAACAGCGGCAAAUGGUGUACAAAUUUCCUGAAUUGCUUCCAGAAAUUUCGAAAACUGUUUAAGUUCCGAAAUGCGAAACAUGAUUCAACUUCGAAAAUUCGAGAAAUUCCGGGAGCAAAGUUGAAUGGAAAAAACUUCCGGGAAAAUUAACUCUCAAAAAAUUUAAGGUGAUUCCCUGGUUUUGCACUGCGCAUCUCUACUGCGCAUAACAAGAUGGCCGCCGUAAAAAAAGGCAUGUGAAGUAACAUUAUUUAAAUGAAGUUGACUGAAGAGAAACGCUAUUGGAAUUUUUGCUUGCUGCUGUUUCUUGCCGAGGUGAGACUCAAUGUGUUGGGAAUGUGCAUAACGUAAGCAGUACGAGUGUUGCUGAGUUCGACUUCCUCUCGGAGAACCUCGAUAGUGGAUGUUUAACUUGAGCUUACUCACUUUGAUUUUCCUUUAAACACUUUCUUUAUCACAUUGCGUCCUAAAUGUGAUAUCUCGAUGUAAAUUCUGUUAAAACGGAUUUUUUAAUACUGUCUCCCCCCUUUCACAUACAUUCUGUUUUGAAACUCGUCCCAGUCCUCUCAAAAAUCGGAGAAAAUGCAUUUGGUGCGCACUUUCUGCAGCUCUACCGCAAAAACGAGUACGGUGACCCCCAUUUUUUAUUUCAUGAUUUUAAUAAGGACAGUACUUCCUUUCGAUGAGAAAAAAAUUGGCACAAAUGUAUGUUCAGUUUUUUGGCAGUUUUACUAAAUGUAUGGAUUGAGCUAUCACGGGUCGAAAAGCGCGUGUCCAAUUUAAUUCUACUUUGGAGCGUAAAGUAAAAACAAGGGCAUUAAAAGGCAUUUUUUCUGGUACGUAAGUCGAUAAACAAUACAUUAAAAUCAAAUUCUGUGCAAUACCACAUGCAUCAUCGAAAAAUCUCUCCUUUUUGUUUACUUUUGAGCUGCCCACAGUUUUUGUCAAAGGGUCCUAAAUAGCCGUAUUUGUCAGCAUUGUGACGUCAAAACGAGCACGGUGACCCCCACUUUUUAUUACUUUUUUAUCAUCUUCUUGACUUGUUACAUCAGUGUACCAAGUUUCAUCUACAAUCUAUGUUUGGUUCUUUUACUAAGGAAUCACUUUUAAGUAUUCCUCGCGAGGUUGUCCUAUUUUUCGAAUAUUUUAGAAAAUGCUAUUCCAGUCGCCAUGUUAUUCCAUUCAUUCGUCACGCCAUGGCUACUGGAAUUUGCUGAAAAUUUUAACCAGACGUUUUGGUUGAAUGGAAAGCGCUCUUGUACUUGCAAUUUUUUUUACCAACUUUUAACUUUGGCAUUCCAGUCUGCAACUUUCCAGCAUUUUACGAGCACAAUCUGGACGUGCCUAAACUGUUCAACUUUGUGCAAAUAUAUUUGGUUGUCUUUAGUAGAGUAGGGUUAGACACAUUGGGCCGAUGAUAUGUUUAAACGAAGUCUAAGUUAUCCUGUGUUUAAGGCCGAGAAGCGGCUGAGACUUUGUCUUGAUGAACAACACUGUUAAACUAUGUUUAAAAGAGAUUAUUAAAACGUGAGUGAGCCGUGUUUUUUUCUAGUCAAUGGCUAAAUAAUGUCUCAUCAGGAAAUGCAUUAAUUGUCUGAGGGGUAACUUAUUUGUAUGCACAUUUCCCUAUUUGAAAUUUAGACUCAAUAUGGUCUCUAAACCCGGUCGAACAACUAAUUUUUAGCAGAGAAGGCGGGUAUGGGAAGAGAAUUGUUGUUGGCGGAAUUGCGAAGAGAAUUUCCAAAAGCAAAAAAAUGAAGGAUUUAUUUUUUUUACGACAAUGAAACGUUGCAAAAAAAGUCAAGUUUCAGUAUCUAAACGUAAUCAAACGGGAAAUGAACCAGAUCGAAGGAUGCUGGUGGGCGGCUGAAACUCCAGUCCACGAAAGAACAUCAUUUGCAACGUCAUGUAUUAACUAAGAGAAACUAGUGAAGGAAAAGCUCUUACUGAUGUUGAAGUUAUUCGCAGGAAAGAAGCAGAAAUCACAAACAAGGAGGUUAAGUUUGCUAAUACUAACAAGUUAGUUGUGUUCCCCGUCUCUGUGGUUAAUGCGGCUCCAUAUUUUAGACACUUGGUCACCUCUCAGGUGUCAUGAGGUAUCAACCUCUAUGAUUGAAUCUAGUUAUUGUGCUUUAAAAUGGGCUCAUGAUUUUGCGGGGGUUCCCAAUCCUAUGAGUGGCACCUUUGUCAAAAAAAUGGUGAAAGGGCCCAAGCGUCAAAAUAACAAACCCGCCGCGAAGAAAUCUCCCAUUUCAAAGGAGGCCCUCUCAGCGUGUUGAAGUAAAAUUGAGCAUUCUGAUGAAUUGCCUAUACGUAGCCAGGGACAUUUCUAUGGCCUUACUCUUAUUUGGGUGGUUCUUCCGUUUCAGUGAACUCGCAGCCCUUACCAUCGGUGACAUUAGCAUAAGCGACACACAUUUAAACAUCAAAGUGUCUCAGAGUAUCAAUAUCGUAAGGGGAAUGAAGUGGUGAUCUGUAGAUCCGGCAUGGUUACCUGUCCUGUUUCAAAUCUAGAAAGGUCCAUGAAAUUAACAGGUGUCAGUACUUCUAAGGUUUCAGAUUUUUUGUUCAAACCUAUAGUCAAAGUUAGAUCCAGAUAUAAAGUUAUAGACAAAGUAAAACCUCUCAGUUAUACUCGCGCAAGGGAAUCCCUGGUCGAGCUGUUGCUCGAAUUUGUGCCCAACACGGCCAACAUAAGCUUGCACUCAUUCAGAUCAGGCGGAGCUACUACAGCAGCCAACGAUUCAGGGACUUUAAGAUCCAACGACGCGGACGGCGACGAGAACGUCAAAAAACAAUAGGUUUUAUAAACAAAACAACAGCUUUGCACGUGCAUCACACUUUUUUUGUCAUUUCUUUCCCGUUUUUGCACAACUACGACGUGAAAAUGCCUAAUUUCGUGUUUAUGGAGGACGUAAACAAGCAACGACGAAAUUUUAUUUCUCUUUCUGAGCUUGGAUAUGGUUCCUUGAAAUUCAGCUUCAGGAGGGUUCGCCUACAUUUGAAAAAGUAAUUGGGUACGAAUAAUCGCUAUAAAGACUGAAAGAACGCAAACACACUUUUUUAAGAGACGUUCUCGUGGCCGUCGCGUCGUUGGAUCUUAAAGUCCCUAUAGAUGCUGGAAACGCCACGGUAGAUGGCGUUCAGAGACGGCCUAGGACGGUUACAUAUAGAAGAUUCUCUUGAUAAUCGCUUACUAGUUACCAAAUCUCUAGGAAUUUGAUUUAAGUUACAUUUUCACUCCCCUUCUUUGUAUUUCCAUCCAGUGCAGCGGUCUGUUUUCCUAUUUAACACGGAAUGAUUUCAUUGUUUUCACUGUUCACUGUUUCAACAAUAGGGAAUAGGGAAAACUUGUUUUUUGCUGCGGUUCUAAGAAUAACAGCAAAUUAUUGUUUUCACGGUUCCAGCUUAUUGACAGCGGUCACGGAGACUCAGGUGUAAAAGGGCGGGAUUUUACUGAGGUGAUCAUUCUAAGCUGACAUCGCUGCUUGAGGGGUGAGUUUCAUUUGUCAAUGCUUUUUUCUUUUUCUGUCAUUUGAAUUGAUUGUUGUUGGUCGUUGAUGUGCUCAUAAUUUUGUAUUCUAGUUCAACCUCUCUCCCUCGAGGUUCCUGUUAAGUGUCUGGCUCUGCUUUCGGGAGGGUUCAGGGUUCCUCCAUAGUUAGGCGGUUUUUCCUGACGGGCUGAUUUUGAACUAUAGGGUCUCUGAAAUAGCAUUUCCAGCCUUCGAAGAGGGCUAUGUUGAAGCCUAUGUUGAAGCCAUAAAUAAAUAAUUUAGACACUUUAUCGAACCGAAAUGAACACAUUGAACCGAAGAGGAAGUGAAGAGCGUGGCCGCGGACCAAAUUAAACGUGCCCGCCAAAAUAAUUGGGGGGAAGUGGCCUCCCCAUGCUACGGCACUGUAGUCGGCGGCAAUCGAACUAGUAGAUUUUUGAUAAAAACAAACUAAGAUAAGAAAUAGCGGCUUGACCGAGACUCUCGGACGUUUGUGACCGUUUGUGCUUCGAACAAAGACAACAAGGAACCAGAGUAGCAGCGAAGAAUUGGGGCGCUUUCCAUUCAACGAAAACUUUCGAAAAUUUGGAAACAACAACAAAUGGUACAGAAAUUUCCGGGAAAGCGCAGUUUCCAGAAAUUCCGAAAACUGUUAGCCUGCGAACAGCAGACGCAUUUCCGGUCGUCGCUUCUCUCCCUCCGAAAAAUAUAUUUUUCGGAGGGAGAGAAGCGACGACCGGAAAUGCGUCUGCUGUUCGCAGGCUAGAAAACUGUUUACUGAUUUCCGAAAUGCGCUCUUGCACUUCCGGGAAAACUGUCUUUGACAGGAUUGGUCAGUUUACCUUAUCACGCAUAUGUUACCAUCUAAUCGGAGCAACGGUUAGAAAAUGCGGACGACCGACCAAUCACAUGCAUGAGUAUACUAGGAUGUUUUCACGGAACGAUUUCUGUAUUCGUAUUAAAGACAGUCUGUCGCGUAUUAUCUGUUUGCAAAUAUUUGGUUUACUUUACUUCAAGGUAAGUACAUCAAAUGGCCACUUCUAAUAACAAAAGUAGGUUUAAACAUACAACUUUAGAUUAGCAACCCUUAAUGCCUAUGAAAGUCGACCCAAACAAGUAAAAUCGUAGGCUUCUCUAGAUUGUUGUCGGCAAGUUUUAAGCAACUUAACUUACGGCGCUGGGAGCAACUUUUUGGGGUUCUAGCAAACUUGAGCAAGUUUUGCCUUUUUGAGCACAUUCAGAAUGAGUAAAAUAUAGGUUUAGGGGACAUAUCAAGCACCAAAAGCUCAUCGAUUUCCUUGAAAACUUCAAUUUGGGCGGAUUAUUGAAUAUUCAUCAGCGCCUUUUGAAUACACAACCUUUCACUUGACAACGUUUCGCAGGUCUGAAAAGGCAUUUACACUCACUUAAGAGGCCUGAAACGCAGUCUGUACAUAAAUAAACACAAGAAAAGAAAAAGAAGAAAACUUAAAAGCGAAAUUCAAUGAACAUUUUGCAGAUUUAUAAAGCAAAGAAUACAACGUCAUAAAUGUCUUGACGUAAGAGUAAUUAAUCAGCUUAGUAAUGCGGUGUUGCUAACGGGCUCUCGACAUCCUAAGAAGCCUGAAAUGCAGUCAGCACACAAAUAAACACAAGAAAAUACUUGCUUUAAAUGUAGAGUUUAAUGCACAUUUUGCCUAAUUACAGCGGCGGGGAAUAAUUCUCAUACAAAGUCUUAUUAUUAUUGCUGUGUGAAUAAUUGAUUAGGAGGAAGUAGGAUAAUGUUAGUUGUUCUUGGCUCUCAUAGUGAGCUUGGGUAUCCUUGAAUUUCUCCCAUGUUUCCGAGAAGCUCUUUAAAGCUAAGUUUCAAGCUAUUUUUCUUGACCGAUGUUAGCAAUUUCGUCAAGAACGAAAAGUAAAGCCCUUAAUUAACGUUAUAUAUAAUAAUACAAUGUAUCAAGAGACAGAAAGAUAUUUAGGUAGCAUUUUUUGAAAUUCAGACAGCAACGUUUUGAACUUUUUGGCAUUUUUUCAGCAACGUUUACAGUUCAACUAGGAAAACCGUAAACACUAGAAAUUUCUCUGGAAUGUUUAUUGUGUUGUGACCAAUCACAGCAAAGAUCAGGACAUGCGAACUUGCCUAAUUAACGUUCUUGCUUGCGGUUGAUCAGUUUUCUCAUGCCUGAUCACGGACACCCAACGAGAAUAUAGUUCAAAUUUAAAACCACUUAAACAUGGCAUUGUCAAACGUAUUUUAGUAUUUAAACGGUACAUAUAGGCAUAUUUUUAUCCCCUAAAAAUUUUUAUCUGUUCGGAUUUCCUAGCUAAAAGUCUAGUGAUCCGAACAUUAUAGGGAUCAAAACUUACCUUUUCGAAAAUUUCAGCCAAAAAAAAGGCUCUCGAAAAUUCUGACCUUUUUAGGGUAAAAAUCCGUUAAAAAUGGGCAAUUAUACCAUUUUUCAGUCGUUCGAAAUUCCUAGGAGAGGCGGGCAAGCAAGAAAUUUACAACAAAUGUUCCGAAAAUUCAGUUCUAGAUCUCAAAUCGUCUUCCGAACAGAUAUUUUCAAAAAAUUGACGUUGGGUGCCCCUGGCCAGAUUGCCUGUUUUCUUGCAACGCAAUAACAUUGCAGAAACAUUUCUGGUGUUUACGGCAUGAAUGUAAUAGGCCAUUUCCGAGUUCCAAAAACUCACACUUUGAAAACGUGACCAAGUGCACAACCUUUGUUUUGAAAAUUAGCAAUUAAUGAAUGAGGCUGAGUAUCAUCUGAAGAAUUAUGGAGAUCGAAGAGGGUGUUAACCGAUACGAAAAUAGCAGCAAAUGAAAUUAUCAGACUCGAGACCCUCCGCGAAGUACUUUGUCUUGCUCUUUUUGUUUAGAUUUAAUGCUCGUCUUAUUUCAAAAUGCAGGUACAAAAAAUACGAUACAGAUGUUAAAUUUGGAUGCGAAUUGUUAUUUUCUAACUUUUCUUCACUACAUAAAUGCAGGCCGUAAUUUGGGAUUUAUCUGCACAUACUUUUUCUCUUCCUUCUCUUUGUUUGGAUGGUAACAGGUUGGGCUAUCUUAUUGUAAAAGUGUGGAUGUUAUGCAAAAGAGAAAACUGUCGGUUUAAAAAGAGGAAGUAAGAAAUAGGUUAGUUCUAAGACGCAAGAAACAGGUCGCUUCCUCAAGCUAUUGACUGGUUAAAAUGUGUUAUUUGCUAGAAGGAAGCAACUGAAAAAGCUCAGUGUCCAGUUAACAGGAGACCGCCCUCCUCUGGUGCUGGAUGCCUUACUUUUGAAGAAGACUUAACGUCAUUUUAUGAGGCGGCGGAAUUAAGUUUAGCAGUUGACUAAAAAUGUUUUGACGUGGGAAAUGGAAUUGCUUCCACUUUAGCAAGUCGUUUGCUAUACGGUGGCAUAAAUGUUGUCGCGAUCCGUUUAACAGGAUGAAACUGGAUCGUAUGAUGUAAAGAAAAAUGCCUGUAGGAAUCCACAGCGGCAAACGGACACACGCUCGAGUAGGUUUCUGUUCGCACGGCGAAGAAGCAGACAUGAAAAUGAUAGUUCAUGUAGCUGAUGCAAUAGCAAAUGAUCAUUAGUGAGUCAUGAUUCGAACUUUUUCCCUUUUUUUCUCGCUCCGUCUUCCCCACUAUUUUGGAGACUAGUCGAACAAGCCUAUUUAGACUUGAAGGAAUUUUGAGUGUCCCAUUGCACAAAAAACUCCACAACAUCCUAGCAACUUAUCUCUUUGCGAAGGCCCUUGUCCCAUCUUAAUCGAAGUUUCUACCUGUCUUCCAUGGCCUAGCAGUGUGUGAUAAAACUUCCUUCUCCGCUGGUCUUGAAAUUGCUAGCCUGCGUAGCUGGCGGUAUUGUGUGGGUGCGAGAUUAAAGUUUUGGCGGCGGAGCCCUGUUCCAAAAAAAGGGAGUAGGGACGAGGCGGUUGUGAGGGCUCCGCCGUCAAAUCUCACUCGAGUAUAUUACAACGGCUCCGCUGCCAAAUCUCACUCGACUACUACACAAUACCGCCAGCUACGCAGGCUAUGAAAUUGCCAAAAUACUGAACAUGGAUUUUUGCCAAUUUUUUUCUUAUUGAAAGGAAGUAUUGAGGUUAUUGAAACCAUGAAUUAAAAUACAGUGGAACCCCGAUAUAACGAACCUCUAUGUAACCAGUCCUGGCCAUAACCAUCUCUGGAUAUCAGUUUCGGGCCUUGUGAUUGGUUUAGGUCAAAACCAAAACAAAAUAAACUUAGCCGAGAGAUACUGGAAUAAGUAGAAGUUGAACAAUUUUUUGGAAUGGCAGCCAUUUGCGUAGAACGGCGGAAACAAAAUUCAGUAAUAAACACUACACGGAAAGACAGCUAUUAUUAUUGUUGUUGUUGUCGAUGAUGAUACUUAUUAUUGGGUUUACUUGUCCUCCGAACGUCCAUUUUAACUUUAUUACAAAGUGCGACAGCUUAAUUAAAUACGAAGUGCGAUGGUCAGUUAUCACAAAGUGCGACAGGUCAGCCUUAUGGGAGGGUGCUAAUGGGGGUAAAUCUCAGUUAACUAGUAUUUUUCAGCCAAUUCUCAGUUAACUACUAAUUUUGGUUAGCUAUUAACUUUCCCUUUCAAACAGCGAAUUUUAUUCCGUCAUAACCCGAAUUUUCCUUCUUUCAUCAAGUCAAUCACUUUUGGGUGUAGGCCCUACUAAAAUCAAGGUGUAAAUUUACAUGAACUCUGCCACUAGUACAAUUUAUAAGUUACUGAAAAUAUAUAAGUCGUAUAACCAAAAUAGAUCCAGACGCACCAGUCAUGAUCUCGAACUGAUCUUCCCGACAUGGUCAUGCAUGUCCUGCCAUAAACUACCUCAAAAGUCACUUUCUUCGGCACUUUCAUUAUUUGAUCAGAAUCAGUCUUGUACUUAUCUGGUUGCUGUAUGUCCUGUAUCUUGCUUUUGGCCUACGUUUCAAUGCUUUUUUUAUCUUUGCAAUCCAUUGCAACAGACGACGAGAUACACAAUCAAUGCCAGAAUAUAGUCUUAAACAACAAAACUGGACCAUUAUUUUUGGAAUUCAGUUGGUGAAUUUAAUCACUGUUUGCAGCUAUGGGAGAGACAUAGAGUUGAGAGUGCCGACAAAGGUAUGAAAUGACACGGGACAAUUCGUCUAUUCGUGAGUGUAGCCCACUUCGAACUCGUAGUUCUUUUAAGCGAUUGCUUUACUGUGGUUCCAAAGUCUUGGGCGUAGUGUUUUGUGUUGAAGUGAGAAACCAGUGCAGGCUUUCCACCUGCGUUGUCAGAAGGCCUUGUACCCCGAUACAGAUUUUGUCGACAUCCUCUUUCGCCUCCCACAUGGCUACCUUUUUCGCAGACGUACUUUUUUCGCUUAUUUCAAAAGCCUAAUAAAGAUAUCUAAGGGUUUUAAGAAAUGAAACUGCCAAAACUGUUUCAGAAAGACCGGUUUAAAUACAAAAAUAAGAAACGUGGAAACUAUUACACACACAAGAUUCUCUCUAAAACCGUGACCCUUUUGUACAUAAUAACAAAAACCGUUCGGUUUAAUUACUUUCGCAGUUCUCGCAGGCACCCACCACGAGAAAUACAACCUUACAUAAAAGACUUCCCAGCCUGAGUUUCAGACAUCCUCUAGAGUCGAAGGGAUGUCUGAAAUUCAGGCUAAAAGAUUUCCCUAGAUAGCUUUUCACUGUUUUCCGUUAUCAAUCGAUAAAUCACUUGAUCGCUAACGAUUUUUAUCGAUUUCGAUUUAUAUCUAUUGGCUACUUCGGGAAGUAACUACACGCGGAACUGAUGUUACUUUGAAAGGGUGGCAGAUCUAAAUCGUGCAAAAACAGGGCUCUCACAAACCUGGCCAAUAUCGGCAGUCAGAAGAAAACUUUAAAGCAGAUUUUAAAGAAAAGAUAGGAUUUUUUAAAACUUUUUUUUUAAAAAAAGUGAUAAUAAAUUGUUUGAUCCUUCGACUCUCAAUUGCAACUCAAUUGUUGACAAAUUCACUGUUAACACGAGAUCAGUUUUCAUUUAUGAAUGAACCGGAAAAACAGAUGUAUCUUCCCGAUAUAAAUCGAUGGAAUCGGUAAAAGCUAGAUAAAUCGAUAAACGAAACGACUGUCAUCGAUUUCUACCGAUUGAUCUAUACAAUCGAUAUUAAUCAAAUCAGAUUUAUCGAUUGAUAAAUCGAUACCGAUUUUUAUCGAUUGAGUACUCCGGGAGUUACCAUAUAGCGGUAGACGCAUAUUUUAAAGUCGCCUCUUCUUUUCUCCAAAGGUGAGAAAUACUCUUUAAAGGACUAAAGAUGAGUGCUGUUACCAAGAUCUUCAUCUUGUUCACGCUGUUCAGCACUGCACAGUCCGGUCCAUUGGCUUAUGCAAUCUGUCAAACAGGAUGUAAUACUGUGUGGGUGGCCUGUGUCGCUGCCGCUGGUGGAACAGCAGGGGUUUCCACAGGAGGUGUUGGAGUUCCCGCCGCUAUCCUGGCGUGUAAUGCUGCCCAGGGAGUUUGUAUGGCUGCUUGUGUUGCUGCUGGUCUCACGCCCACCCCUUGAGGCAGUCUUGUCAAGAUCUCAGCCGCCGAUUUUGUGUUACCAUCACUUUAAAUUUUCGCUUUGUUAAAUCGUGACUUGAAUAGGUUAUAAAUCAUCACUUGAAUAGCUUAUGAAUUGUAACUUAAAUGGGUUAAAAGUCGUGUUGCGUUAGAUAGUUAAGACCGUAACGCCAGUAACUGUUGAGAACACACAAAUAUUGUACUUUUGAUGAUAAAAUCUUAGCGAUUAGAGGAGAAAUAAUAUUGCUAUGUGUGAGUUAUAUUCGUAUGUGGUGAUAUUAUUAAAAUAACUGAGAUGGUGCGCGCGUUCUGAUUUGUCAAAACAAAAACCUAUGGUUUAUUAUACCGGUAAACCUGUAGAAAAAGGCAUCCAGACCACGAGCCAAUACAAACCAGAUAUCGAUCUGCAAACAACAAUUUGGAAAAGCUAAAAAACAGAACAAUUUACUUACCCAGUCCCUCUCUCUAUAAAAAAGCGUUGGUUUCCACUAUUAAGUUCUGCUAUUCGCUACUACUACCAUAGUUUUAAAUGUCAUCAAGACCAAUGGUCAAGACCGACCAAUAUAACACUCAAAUAUAGUGAAACCUGGAUAAGCGGCGGCACUCUCGAUGGUGCCUUACACAGAUUUAUUCAACAAUAUCUGUGGUUAGUAAACGCAUGCGACCCUAGUCUGGUUUUCAUAUCAUUGUCACAAUCGUCUCGAUUCCAGUUUUGGGACGAUUGAAUCAAUCGGCAAUCGACCGAAAUAUGUCUUGUUAAGUUCAAUCCAAACGAUUGCUGAUCUGGAUAGUACACGUCAUCAGUAUGGAAUUUCUGCGCUUGUUUCUCAGACGUCAUUUGGCGGGGAAACCAGUGGUAGCGUCGCCGAAUGUCGGCUGUCUUCUCAGGCUAGAUGAAUUGCCGCCUUAAAUUAAUGUUUUGGUAAUGAACGAAUAUUAAGAGGAAUACAAUUCCACGCCUUUGCACCAGUUGCAGAGGAAAACGACUUAAUUCUCUGCUGUGUUCUCGAAUUUUGAAAAAAAAAAAAAAAAAAAAAAACACAACUGCUCCGCACCCGCCUUAGUUUUCUCUUCGCCUUCUUUUCGUCACCGGGCGGGACUGCAACAUUUUUUCGUUAAACAAAAUCAGAGGACAGUUUAGCGGGCGUUUGAUUUGUUUAAUCACGGGUAUAAUAUAUGGAAAUCAGCCUACUUCCAUUUUCCACUUCUAUCCAGGCGACUACUUCGCCCCAGUCGUCUGGAUUUUCCCUCAUCCCAUUAGCUGUCCCCUUGUGAUCGUCUCGAUCGCUUAAACACUUCUUGUGACGACUCGGGCGAUUGAGACGAGCUAGCGUUCUAUAAGAACCAGACUUCACUGACGCUAGUGUCAGUUACAAAGGGUGCCCCAGGGGUGUGGCAUGGAAUAAGGGUCACAGGGUCACAGUAGUCGUGGGGCAAGACGCACAAAAACCAGGAAGAACACCAAAACAAAGAGGAGGAGAAAACCAACGUAUGUCCAUUAGUUUUUUAAUUUCUAGAUAAGUAAGAAGUACUAAAUAAAUAUUCAUAUUUCAGGGAAUUUUCUCUGAUUUUGACUACCUAACUACUUGUUAAACGUAAAUCACAUUUCCUUCAGUACAAUUAUGGGUGAAUUCAUUUGCCUGUUGGAGUAGUUAUAUUAUACGGUUAGAAACAAUGAAAAAUUCCAAAGAGCAAAUACAACAGCUAAACCGUAUGCUGCAAAUAUAUAUUUAUAUAUGAUAUAUAAAGAUAUAAUUCAUAUAUCCUUUAUUUCAAUCUCGUAAAUGUCCUGAGAUACAUAAGAUUUAGCAUUUUAAUUACUUAAGACAAACAUUAAAAAGUCCUUACCCGUAAAUUACUCUUUCUUCCAACGUCUUUUACAACUUUUAUAAUUGGCCAUUUGCACAUCUCCCAUAAUAUACCUUGUUUGUCCCGUAAAAUUUUGCAUAAGCAUUGUAUUUUAUUUCUCUUGGGACAACUGUAAUACCCAGGAGAAAUUAAAAACAAAGGUUAUGCAAAGGUUUGGGUGGCAAACAAGGUGUAUUAUAGAUGUGCAAAUGGUGAAUAAUGGCGACUAGAAGAGAUAGAAAGGACUGCAGCAAACUGUCUUUAAAGCUACGUACGUGAAACCGAAGUAACAACUCCCCUGAACAAUGUUGGGAGUUGUUGGCCAACAAUGUUGCGUCCGUUUGGACGGGGCUAAAAGUUUGACCGGUAUCAAACUUUGCACGACAACUCCCAACAACACGUAACAGGGUGUGCAAGAAGACGCAACAUGUAACAACACUGUUGGGGUUGUUGGUCAACAAUGUUGCGUCCGUUUGGACGGGGCUAAAAGUUUGACCGGUAUCAAACUUUGCACGACAACUUCCAACAACACGUAACAGGGUGUGCAAGAAGACGCAACAUGUAACAACACUGUUGGGGUUGUUGGUCAACAAUGUUGCGUCCGUUUGGACGGGGCUAAAAGUUUGACCGGUAUCAAACUUUGCACGACAACUUCCAACAACACGCAACAGGGUGUGCACGGAGACGCAACGUGUAACAUCCAACAUUGUUGGGAUUUGUUGGCCAACAAUGUUGCGUCUAUUUGCACGUAGACGGACGCCGCUUGUCCGUUUUAGAGGGGAAUCCACCUUCCAAAGAGUCAUAGAAAAGCGACGACUAAAGAACAGCAGGGACCAACUACAAAAUGUAAGUGGCCGUGUUAUCGUGUCCGAUGAGAGAGAGAGAGAGUUAAGGUGGCUCCGUGAUUAACACAAUAGCAUUUAGCUGUGACAAAUUUUCCGUCAUAACUUUUUCGAUUUUAACGCGAUGGCUGCGAAACUUUGCAAUUAACAACAGAUAUCAUUCGGCAAUAAUACGAAAUAUUCCGAUUUCAUUGAUGGCAAAUAUUUUUUGAGAAAUUAGCGCUUAAAAGGACCCUACUGUUCAAAGAAAAUCGCGUCUAGUAAAAAAAUUUGCUGAUAUUUUUUACUGAAAUUUCUGGUAUCGGCUUUAAUUGAUAUAAUAAAUAUGCCAGAGGAAUUUCAGAAAAAUCGUUGGAGCAGAAGUCCGUAACUAAAAGUCGGUCAAAAUUUAGCUGUGAAAUUGUUUUGGAAUUUCAAAAAUAAAUUACUAUCAGGAAGAAGGAGACACCAGUUUCAAUUUUCGGGACAAGCAACUUCAGUGUGUUUCCUAAUUCUGAAAACAGUUGUCGAUUGCCUAUCGUGCUAUUCUUUAAAAGGUACUUUUCAUUUUUUAGAAGCACUAUAAAUUGCUCCAAACUUUGCUCUGACAUCGAAUGACUUGUUCCUCGACAUUUUUAAAAUAUCCCUUGGCAGUUUUGGUUCAAACUCCUGCUACAUGCAUUUUGAUGUAUUGCAAAGCAUCCCCAACGGCUUUUCCUGCUUUACGUUGUUUCCAAUUCAGGAAAAAGGUAUUGGGAUUGUAAGCUACCUAGUAUCGAAGCUCAGAUAGAACUGUCCAGUACCUUUGUUUAUGACCAGAAAAUGAGCACGAGCGGCAGCUCUGCGAGAAUUCGCACCUCAGCCAAGGGGACGAGUGACAAUGAUGCCCAUGUCUGUGAACCGAUCUGUAUAAACAUGUAUUGCAGAGCAAAACAUAAUAAUCAAAAAAAAAAUACCCAUUCAUUGAAGGAAGGAGUGACAAAAAUUUCAGAGUUGUAAAUUUAUUCACGGGCAAUAUUUUUGCGAUAAUUUUAUUUUGCACUGUGAUGUUAUUUGGUUCACAAGCAUGGUCAUCAUUGUCGUUCGUCCCCUGAGUGAGGUGCGAAUUCCACGCAGAACUGCCGCUCGUGCUCAUUUUGUAGUCAUAAACAAAGGUGCUGGACAGUUCUUUCUGAGCUCUGAUACGAGGUGGCGUCCAAUCUCAAUACUUUUUUCCUGAGUUGAAGCAACGAACGGCAAUAAAAGUCGUUGAAAAUGCACGGCAAUACAUCAAAAUGUAUGCAGCAGGAGUUUUAGCCAAAACUUCCAAGGGAUAUUUUAAAACUGUCGACGAACAAGUCAUUCUACUUCAGAGCAAGGUUUGGAGCAAUUUAUAGUUCUUCUAAAACUAAAAAAGUACCUUUCAAAGAAUGGCACGAUAGGCAAUCGGCUUUGUUUUAAGAAUUAGCAAGCGUUGAAUUUACUUGUCCCGAAAAUUCAAACUGGUGGCUCCUUCUACCUGAUAGUAAUUUAUUUUUGAAAUUCCAAAACAAUUUCACUGCUGAAUUUUGACCGACUUUUAGUUACGGACUUCUGCUCCAACGAUUUUUCUGAAAUUCCUCUGGCAUAUUUAUUAUAUCAAUUAAAGCCGAUACCAGAAAUUUCAGUAAAAAUAUCAGCAAAAUUUUUACUAGACGCGAUUUUCUUUUGAACAGUAGGGUCCUUUUAAGCACUAAUUUCUCAAGAAAUAUUUACCAUCAGUGAAAUCGGAAUAUUUUGUGUUAUUGCCGAAUGAUAUCUGUUGUUCUUUGCCAAGUUUCGCAGCCAUCGCGUUAAAAACCAAAAAGUUAUGACGGAAAAUUUGUCACAGUUAAAUGCUCUUGUAUUAAUUACGGAGCCACCUUAACUGUUACAGUAAGGUUCAUGUGAUUUGGAGGGUGGCUAGAUUGUUUGCGAUAUCGGGGAUUUCAAACGUUAAUGGUAUUGUUUGUUGGCUUUCAUACUGUUCACACAUAGGCUGUUCAACUUGAACCUCCACUGGGUCUUUGCCCUCAUCUCGCGGUGGAGGAAUCUGUUUGAGAUGUUAGUUAAAGAGUUAGUCCAAAACAAACAUGGCACUAACGUUGAAGACCUUAGAUUUAAAAUGGGUUUCUUGAGUUUAAAAAUUUCUCCAGUUUUACAGUGGCCAACCUCCAAGACUCACUCAUCACUGGGGAGUUUAAGAUACCACAACGGCGACUGCGGCGAAAACGUCGCCUUAAAAGUGGAUUUGCCUUCUUCCAAUCUCUAGUGUUAUUCCAACUCAUUUACUUUGUCAAAUGCAGGCGACCUCUUCUGAGGCAGAACUCCUAAGAACCAUACUCAAGUUCAGAGAGAGAAAGAAAAUAUCGUCGUCGCUUGUUUACGUCGUCCAUAAAACGUAAAGUUAGGCAUUUUCACAUCGUAGUCCUGCAGUGACGGAAAAUAAAUGUACAAAAAUCAAUUUCCGCAUAACUUUCUAGAAUCAUCUCCGCCCGUAGAAAUGCCGACAUGGCCAUUCAGAUCCUAUGCUAGUGUCGGAGUGAAGAAAGUUUCAACAGAGUGUAGCAGAUAGUAUAUGAAUGGGUCUGAAAAUGAAGUGGCUGACCAAUUCUCAAUUUUAAUUACGAGAAGCCAGGGCACUCAGACAAACGCCAUCGCGCCGCCUUCAAGCCCUUUUAGGUGAACACGCGCAAAGGCAAACGCAGCUGACAGCGGAACCGCGCCACCAUAUAGUCUGCCUCACAGACGUAAUUUACCCUCCGUUCGUAAGUUAGGUCUGCGAAACAGCGCCGAUAUUCUUGUCCUGGCCCCCCAACGGACUCAACGAAUUACCGAAAGUGCGUUUCAAAUUUCCUUUCAUCCUGACUGGCAAAUCGACAAUGGCUUUUUUAAAAGGCCAAUCAUGGCACGUACCUCAAUUCCUGGUACACAAGUGGAGGCCCAGAACAAGGAUUUCAGCGCUGUUUCGCAGACGGACUUAACCAGAGUUUAGUUUCGUAUGUGGCGCAGGCUAACCACCGUAUUAACUUUUACUAUGUGUCCGAUCGAUAAGGUGAUGUCCGAGCUUGAGCUAAGGCCGUUAGCGGAAAUGAUCAGGAAAUACUCGGUGCUUUGGGAAACAUCUGUCACAGUGAAACACCUGACAAAGAAAGCUUCUCCCGUGUUGCUAAAUUUCACAAAAUCGACGGCGAGAUCCUCGAAGCCGAACCGAAACUGUACGCGAGUUUUCGUCGUAUGCUCGGAUUAGGCUGCAUGACUGUUCCAGAAAUGCUGCAGACAAUGCACGACAAUGAUCUAACGACCAACAUCAACUCUGGCCAUGUUACGACAGCGACUAUACCGUACAUCAGAGGCACCUCUGAAACUAUCACACGUAUAUUACAACCUGACAAUAUACGUGUUGCACACAAACCGAUAACCACUUUACGACGACUACUUACUAAUGUCAAGGACAAAAGAGAAACGACAAACGGAAAAGACAAACUGGAGGAGAGACAGAGAGCAGUAUACAAGAACAAAUGCUGCGACUGCCAGUCUUCUUACAUUGGUGAAGCCGGCAGAAACCUUAGCACGCGACUGAUCGAACACAAAAAAGCGCCGUGACAAGGAAUGCUGACGUCAGCAAUCACAUUGCUGAGCAUCCUUUACAGACGAAACAUCAAAUUGACUGGGACUCUGCGAUCAUGUAUAACUUAUUCUACAGACUACUAUCAACGUCUUACUUUAAAAAGCUGGUUUACUAACUUAGAACAAAAGCCACUGAAUCGUUGCCAACAGUCACCAGCGCCGUACAAACGUUUCAUUGACGAGAUCAAGCAAAACUAACUACGAGAGAACAACUGGAGAACUGACAGUUUGACUAACAAUAGACGACUGUUUAACUGUGACAAUGGAAGGAUCGAAACGCACCAAUUCUGAUUACGAGUCUUCAUAGCCAAUAACACACGGCUUAACUGACAGACGACCAAUAACAUCACGAUGUAAUUGACCAAUCAGAUAUAUGACCAGAGUAUAACACUAUCAACUGACGUGAUACAACUCACUUUGACUCUGAAGAUGACUACCACACAGGUUGUCGAAACGUCAGUCACUGUCAACAGCAACAGUCCUAUUCAAGACUAUGUUCACCCGGACGAUCAAACUCAACCUACUUUUGAAAUGACUCCUGGGUUCAAACCUUUCACAAUGCUCUAUUUGAUAUGUUUCCAGUGUUUUUUACUAUGAUGCAUAUCUUUGGAGUGAUACCUGCUAUAUUGCGUUCUGCAGAACGAUCAUUCAGUGCGUUUCGUGGAUUGAAAAGUUAACCUCCGCAGCACCAUGGGGGAACAACGGGUAAGUACAUCGCACUUAUUAACAACGAAAGAGUAUAUGCCAAUUCUGUAGUCAAUAAUGACAUGGAUCGUAUCAUUGAUAUCUUCUUUCUUCAUUGCCCGUACGCCUAUGAUUGUCAGGAGAGUACAGCCUAUCACAGAAAUGAUAAAAUGAUAAAUACUGCGAAGAAGAGCGAAUUAAAAGAACUAAAAAGCAAUUAAUAUUGUAUUCGGCCUUUUUAUAUGAUCUAAAGAAUAAUGUAGAUCGAAAAUGGAGGUUAUCGUCCGAGUUCUGCAUAAUUCUUCAGGUCAUCUGAAAGCCGAAUUCAAUAAUUGUUUUAUCAUUUUUAUUCAAAAUAAUUCAUACUUUGAAAACGAGCAGUAAAACUUGCUUACUUCCGUGAAUUGUAAGUUCCCACCUUCAUUUUCCUGUUUCGAGGCAAAUUCAGUAUAGAAAGAGAUGUUUAGUGUAGCAGAUAUCCUUCAAAUAGCACUUGUUUGCAUGAUGGUUAUGCUAUGGCAGUAGUCGGGCUAUUUCCUCUUCUGGAAACGUGUGAAAUGUUCCACCAUUUUGACCCGCUCUACUACAAAACAACUGAGCUAUUGCAACCUCGUUCCGAGGGCUUCUCGGUUGCCGUCCCUUUUUCUGUCGAUAUCCUGUACUAUUGAUGUCUUUUUACUGAAUGACGCAAACGUCCUCCAAAUUUGGUCAACGUUAGCUGGUUAUGAAGAAUUACCUGUAGCCGGGAGAUUUGAGCCAUUCAGUAACGGAGAGAUAUUUUGCAUGAGUUAAAUUAAUCUCCAUUAGAUAGAUAGAUAGAUAGAUAGAUAGAUAGAUAGAUAGAUAGAUAGAUAGAUAUUCUGUUUAUUUCACCCACUUGCAGCAAUAACUGAAUUGUUGGGGAAGGUCAUUGCCACAUACACAACCAUUUACAUACAUUCACUGAAAUUUAUAAGUUACAAAGCCAUUAAUUCUUCUGGUUAUACUGUAAUGAGACUCAAUAGCGGCGGGAGAGGGGAUGAUGUUCUUAAGGGGGCACAUUUGGCGUGCAGUAGCCAUAAACCACUUACAAGCUCCUACUCUCCUGUCACUAAGAGACUCCAGGCCGGCCAAGACCAAGGCAUCCGUAUAGUCUACCCGACCAAAUAUUAUUUUAAGAGCUUUCCGCUGUACAGACUCAAUUAACUCGUCCAGAUAUAAAGGGAUCGCAGCCCAAACUGGCGAGGCGUACUCAACAAUGGAUCUAACAAUACUACCGUAGACUAACACGAGAUUGUUAGUGCCCAGUCCAACUCUCUUGAGGGUCCGCAGCACAAACAAUCGCUUAGUGGCUUUUUUAUGGAUACUGUCACAAUGUUCGUUUCAAGAGAGAUCAUUAGAGAUAGUAACCCCCAAGAGUUCAUAACUAGAUACUCUAUCGAUGACCAUACCAUUAAGCUGAAUCGGUGUCAUAACAGUGGGCUGAUACUUCAAAAAAUUGAUAACCACAUCUUUACAUUUUUUCUCAUUAAGACGCAUGUUACGCAUGGAAGCGUAGGUGUUAAUAUUUGCGGCGAUAAAUGGAAGGUAGCUAGGCGAACAUCGAGGAAUAGAUUCAAAUACCGAGGUGUCAUCAACGUAUUUAAUCCUUUAUCUCCAGUCCCUACACAGAUUGUUCACUAAUAUGGCGAACAGCAAUGGCGCGAGUUUUGUUCCUUGUGGUAUUCCCCCAUUCGGUGUAACUGGAUGUAAAUAAACCUGACCGAUUCGCGCUCUUUGUGAACGGUCCGUUAAAAACGAGCCGAUCCAUCUGAUAUUGGCCUCAUGCACGCCCAGCAGCUCCAUUUCUUGGAUAAGGAUAUUGUGGUCGACUAAAUCAAACCUUUACCGAAAUCAGUAAAGAAGAUGCGUGCAGACAGAGCACGAACCAACACAACUGGCAGCCAUUGGCGUCGCUGACCACAUUGCUUAACAGUUGAUAAGACUGCAACACCAGAUAAAACAACAAAACAAAAGCAAACAAAAGGAUCUAUUCGUGGAAAUUUUGAAGCUAAAAUAGUUAAAACCAGAAGGGGCGAAGCAGAAAAACAAAACAGAAGCUCGAGGAGAGUAGUUCGCAGGUAGUUUUCCCGCGAAAUUCACGCAGAUUUGACGAACCAGUUGCUUGCGAAUCGCGUGACGAAUUUUGCGCAUCCACGAUAGAAAAUUGAACGGUUGUCGGCAGAGGCUACUUUUCGCACGCCAGCUCAUACCGCGAAAAUGUAGCCUCUGCUCGCAGGGUACCUAAACCACAACACAAGAAUCCAAUUGAAGCUGGAGAUAUGGAGCAAUUGAACUCGUAUUUUUCAAAUGACUGUCCAGACAAGCUCCAAGAAUUUGUGUGGUUGUGAGCCUAGCGCCUCGGGCUAAAAUGAGUCUGAGUCGGGCCCAAAACAUAUUUAUGCCCGCGAACAUAAACUCUAUUGUUAUAAUAAUGCUUUACAUGGUUUCUAAUUUUAGGAACCCUUUCUUUGACACUAUUGGUCAGUUUGCCAAAGGACAUUCUGUGUUGAUCCAAUCGGAGCAACAGAUAAAAAAAGGCAUGGGAUAGUUUUCCGAUCGAGGCUGGUUUUAUCGCACACAAGGUUUUACAAUUUUAUUUUAGUACUUUUCCGGCUAAGCUCCUAAUAAACACUGUGUUUUUGUCGGGGUGUGGAAGGCACUUAUUGACGGCAACAAUAUACCGGUACCGGUCGUUAAGGCUAUUAGGGAGCUUAAGCAACGAGGACGGCGACGGCAACGAGGACGGCAAAAAAGCAAUAGGUUUAGAUUGGCAAAACAACAACUCUGCACGUGCAUCACGCUCUUUUGUACAUUUCUUUGCCGUCGUUGCACGAUUACAACGUGGAAAUGCCUAAUUUCACGUUCUGUCGAGGACGGGAACACAAAACAACAAUAUUUUUCUUUUUCUGAACUUUGAUACAUGCACAAUCCUUUAGAAUUCAACUCCAAAGAAAUUUGCCAACAUUUGACGAAUUAAACGAGAUUGAAUAAGCGCGAUAAAGUUUGAGGCAGCGCGAAUUCAUUUUUAAGUGUCGUUUUCGUAGCCGUCGCCGUCUUCGUUGCUUAAGGUCCCUAUUUAUUGGGAGACAGCGUCUUUUACCAGUUAAGACACAAUUCUGACAUUUUGACUACUUUCAAAAAGACGGAGACAUCGGACGCGGUUUUCAUUUCUGCAUUCUUUGUGUGCAAGAUUGUGAUUUACCUCCGGCAGUGUCUUAGUUCGAGGUAAGCGCAUUAUAUGGGCAUUUCUGAGUACGUUCAAACGUCGAACUUUGCAUGUGCAGAGCUUAAUACAUUAGGGUCGACCCGGCAAUGAUCUAUGAAAUUCGGCUGUUCAUUCAGAUAUUACGGUUGAACGUUAGCCGAACCUUUUUCAUGGCGAAUAUCGAAUUAACCACGGCACGGCCACCCAGUUCCGGUACGAUGUUCGACUUGUUCCAGUUUUGUGUCGUUGCCGCUCAUACUAUACUGGAGCUGACUUUCCACGUCGGUACGAAAAGCUAUUCGGUGUAGUGUAGAAUUGGUUUUGCUCCUGUAUGCAGUUUCGUUUCUUCACAUGACCUGGCCAAUUUGCUCACUCCCUUGCUACGGGCCUGAUAUCAAAUUGGCAGUUUCAAGGAAUAAGGAUUAUCCAAACAUUUUUUGGUGUUAUCUGCCUUCAAACAACUCCAAUCGUGGUUAAGUCAGCGUUCUCGAAAGUCUUCACAGUGUUUUAACGCGCCUAAGGUCUUUUAAAGCUCAAAAGAACUUAGACAGGGGCACCCAACGACAAUUUUCGGAAAAUAUCUAUUCGGAAGACGAUUUAAGAUCUAGCAUUUUCGGAACAUUUGUUGUAAAAUUUCUUGCUUACCUGCCUCUCCUAGGAUUUUCGAACAUCUAGAAAAUGGUGUAUUUACCCAUUUUUAACGGAUUUUUACCCUAAAAAGGUCACCUAGAAUUUUCGGGAGCCUUUUUUCUGGCGCAAAUUUUCGAAAAGCUAAGUUUUGAUCCUUAUAAUUUUCCGAUCAAAUUUUCGGAUUAAGAGAUCUCUUCUUUUCAUUACUAGUGGUAUGUGAAGUCUCGUCGUUCGUAUUUAUGUUGCCGUGUACCAUGUGCACUUCUUUGUUCGUAAUAACCGCCGGAUUGAAUGUUCCUUGAUGACCAGAACUAUACACAAUUCUGCGGUUUAAGUACUUUCGAUGACAAAAUGUUUUUUAUAAACAGACCGCGUUCAACAAAACUUGCAAUUGGAGUGCUCAACGAGCCGUGAAGCCUGACAUCAAAAGACGGACUUCGCGCUGAUCGAGCUAAAAUCAGGACGCACAAUAACAAGAGAAACAAUAACUUCAUGAUCUUCCAAAAAUCAAGGUUGAAACUAAUAAACAAUUUGUUUGAGAAUCGCCUUAUAAACUAAACCCAGUUAUUACUUUGGAUCGAAACUGACCAAUUACAAAACAACGCGUUUUCCUGAGAGGCCCGCAGGAAAAAGAAGCCAUUUAAAAGACGUUUACCUCUGCUAGGUUAAAAGCGAAAAAAUAUGUUACAAUUGUAACGACUAAUGCUUCAUUCUGUCUAUUUAUCUGCGCGUUUUUGUCUUUGCCAGUAACUCUGGUCACUUUCGAAUUAACGAUUUUUUGCUAUUUUUCACUCCGUUACUUUUGUUAAAUUAUUUUUUGUUAAAUUUAUUUUUAUUCUUUCUUUAUUUAUUCUUUAUUCUUUAUUUUUUUAUUCUUUAUUCUUCCCCUCCCUCUGCACGGUCCCUGUUUACGGAUCCUGACGAGCGGCAAGUCAAUGAAAAUUUGCCUUCCAGCAGAUCUAGGUAGAGACUUCAUAGCCGUAUUUAAAACGUAAAAACCGUAUAGUUUCCUCAAGUGAUGUCUUCCUUGCUUUUCUAUAACGUUAACUUAAAAUUAAACAAAUUAAACGCUGUUUCAAAACGAAGCCAAAUCGAAAAUGUGUCAUACAUACUCGCUCCUGACCUACUCGAUCGCUCUUUUCGACAACAAAGACUACAAAAAAGAACAUAGAGUAGACAAGUGAGAUCUGGGUACGAGAUUAGCAACGACUCGCAAUUCCAAGAAAACUGUCUUUGACAUGACUGAUCAGCUUACCUCACGACGUCUGUGUGAACAUCCAAUCAGAGCAACGGUUAGGAAAAGUGGACGACCAAUCACACGCAUGAGUAAACUGGUCUGUUUUCUCGGAAACCCGUCUCAGCAGUCGUCUGUAUUCGUAGAAGCUGCAAGGAGGGAGUUUUGUGUUAUCUAUACACGUAUUGCCUGUGAGCUAUUAAUUGUUUGGUUGUCUUUAGUUCAAGGUAAGCACAUGUUAUGGCCAUUCAUUCUAGAUACAUAAGUAGCUAGGUUUCUAAACCCGUAAUUGUUUUAUAGGGUCGACCAAAACUAUAUUUAAGCUUAAUUUCGAGUGCGUGCAAAUAUUUGGUUGCCUUCAGUUCGUGUUCUUGGUAAAAGAAAAUCAUCCGUCAUUUCAAACGUCGUACUUUGUUUACAUGUGCUGAGAUCCGAAGCCAAAUUAAAUCAGACUGAUAUAAUCAAGUCUAUUUGCCGACCCUUUCAUGAUAUUCGCCAAUGGUGUAAACAACAAACUUCUCUACAUAUUUAGGACAACGAAUUUUGCUUCACUGAACACCGCGGUUAUUUAAAGAAGUUAUUCCCCACUAAGAACAAAAUUCUUGCAGCUAACUUUAAACUACCUAGUUUCUUUUGUGCGUGUGUGUUUUGUAUACAAAAUUGUUAUCAAAAUAAACUGACGAAAAAGCCAGUGGUGGGCACAAAUUCAUGCAUUUUAAUAGAAAAUUAGGCACAUUUAAAGUUCGACGAAUGAGUGGACUGUCGAUCUUAACCAGAGAUCAUCAGGCUCUAUUUUCGUUUCUCGGCCGGCAAGGCGAAACGAAAAGAAAGUGUCGAUGUAACAAAAUUAAAGUAAUUUUGAAUGGCUGUUUUGGCAAAUGUCAAACAAUUAUUAAAGUGGGCAGCAGUGUUCGUAGAAGAUUUUAUAUAAUUAUCAGGCAUUUUUUCGUAUCAUAUAUAACGAAAGGAAUAUAGAGCCUGGUUUCAGCUAAGAUUUGGCGAAUAUGAAGUUCAACGUUUGAACUGUAAGUAGAAAGUGCGCGGAGAUAACUAUAAAGGCAAAUUAAAUUAACGUGACUUCUCCCAAACUUACUAAGAACUGGGGGUUGCAACGGUUUCUCUGGACAAAAUUCUCCUAUUCACCGAUUUAAACAAAGAAAAUCUAGUCUCUUCAGGUACCUCUAUUAGAACAGUAAUCAGGGGCACCCAACGACAAUUUUCGGAAAAUAUCUGUUCGGAAGACGAUUUGAGAUCUAGAAUUUUCGGAACAUUUGCUGUAAAAUUUCUUGCUUGCCUGCUUCUCCUAGGAUUUUCGAACAUCUAAAGAAUGGUAUAAUUGCCCAUUUUAAACGGAUUUUUACCCUUAAAAGGUCACCUAGAAUUUUCGGGAACCUUUUUUCAGGCUGAAAUUUUCGAAAAGGAAAGUUUUGAUCCGUAUAAUUUUCGGAUCACUAGACUUUCCGCUAGGAAAUCCGAACAGAUGAAAAAUUUUAGGGGAUAAAAAUAUGCCUAUAUCUACCGUUUAAAUACUAAAAUACGUUUCACAAUGCUAUGUUUAAGUGGUUUUGAACUAUAUUCUCGUUGGGUGCCCCUGAGUAAUAGUGGAUCAAUAGCACAAAACUGACUAGCAAAAUUAGCUUUCCUUAGGGCCAGAGCUAUAAUGAAAGAAAAUACCACAACGGCUCCUAAAAUUUGAAUUUAAAUUAACAGAGAUCCGGCAAGAGGGAAGGAUCCCGAGUCGGUUGUUACGCUUUGAAUGGACCGCUGCAUUCAAAAGUUUUUUUGAUCAUUGGCAUAUGGCCACAGAAGAGCCGUCAACCGUCGAAAAUGCUAAAUUAAUGUUAACCGCAAAAAAGUUUUAGGGUAUCUCAAAUUUCAUUAUUUCAGUUGAUCUUCACGGAUUUCGGGCUCCUGAAGAAUCUCUAAACUGGAACCUCAGUUCCCAUGUUCUCAAAAACAUAUUUUAUAGACAUUACAAGACCUUACAACUUGAUUAUAUCUGAAAAUAUUUCGAAAUUUUAAAAGUGAAUGUCAAAGACAACCGUCAACUGCCGUCAAAGCUACCGCCCCAUUGAGUCUCUCGGAGAAGGGCUAACCCUAAACUCCGUCACUUAUUUACAACUGUUGAUUGGAGUCAGCUGGCCGCCUCUCAUGCAUGUAUCCUUUACUCCUUGAUCUCCUCAGGCCACGGUCAACUACUGUACGUCGAACUUUUCAUGCUGGACGAACCUAACGCUAGAACAGUAGAUUUUGUCCAUUAGCAUUAGUGAGCCUACUCGCAGGUACCCUGGGUACCAGAGGUUUUUCUCGCGUGAGGCGGGAAUUUUCGGUGUUGGCCGAAGGCCGACACGUCUUCGGCCGUAGGCCGAAACCACGAGCGGCGAAGCCGCGAGAAAAACAUGAGGUAAAAGUCGUGUGUUGCCUUCUGACCCCUCUUUUAUACUAAAAAUAAAUGUUUUGUUUUUAUAUUCCUAAUCGAUCAAUACAAACUAUUUCAAAACAUGUUGUAAUCGUUUGAAAUAGGAAUUAGUAAAGCUUAAACCGUAUUGCUGCAAAAGCUGAAUUGGUGAUAAUAGCUUAAUUGCGUUGAAUAAAAUUAAAUACUCCACUUGUUUGCUCAUAGCUUUUAACUUGUCUACACCGUCAAACCCUUCUAGUACACUGCUUAUCCUGCUCUUUCAAAACUUUCCAAAACUGCUAUCACAACACUUCUCGCGAGUACAACAACAGCAAAGUUGAAAAUAUUCUUUCACGUGCUGGUCUAUUCUUGUCAACCAAUUGUAGCGUCUGUUAGAUUCAAAAUCCCUAAGGUGGUCGUUAGUAGCCAAUCAGCCGUCUUGUCCAAAAUCUGGACCAACUGAUUUAACCGUGCUAACGAUUGGAUCGGCGCCAUCAAAGCAAUAGCGCUCUGCUCCAGAGGCUUUUCGUGCGGGUCACUAUAAAGACUUGACAGAAACCGGAAACCGCGCUAGGAAAGUCUUUGGCACCCAGGGUAACUCGCAGGCUAAUCCCAUAUGAAUUUCGUUUUUGACUGUGUCCUUUAUCUUGCGUAACAGGCGUUUUUUUGGUGUGUCUUUCGCUUUUGGUUACCAAAGUAAUGGAUAAAUCCGUGCGAGAGAGCUGAACAGGCGUCAAACAAGAAAACUAACCACACCAAAACAACCGCGGCUGCCCAGGCUACGUGGCCUCAGAACGCCACAAAGUUCAGUUACCAUAUUGCAGUAGAAGCAUAUUUUAAAAUCGCCUCUUCUUUUCUCCAAAGGUGAGAAAUACUCUUCAAAGGACUUAAGAUGAAUGCUGUUACCAAGAUCUUCAUCUUGUUCACGCUGUUCAGCACUGCACAGUCGGGUCCAUUCGCUUAUGCAAUCUGUCAAACCGGAUGUAAUACUGUGUGGGUGGCCUGUGUCGCUGCCGCUGGUGGAACGGCAGGGGUUUCCACAGGAGGUGCUGCAGUUCCGGCCGCUAUCCUGGCGUGUAAUGCUGCCCAGGGAACUUGUAUGGCUGCCUGUGUUGCUGCUGGUCUCUCGCCCACCCCUUGA